AUGGAUCUUUUUCUUUCUGUGUCUCCUACGGACGACAGGCCGUUUGUGCCGCCGCAGCUGAGUUAUCUCACCGAGCAUGUUCUUACUCCAUUUUAUGAUCUUGUCGUGCUUUAUUAUCCAACGUCGUGGACUCCGAAUAAAGUGACUUUGUUCGGAAUUUUCAUGACUCUUCUCUCAUCGCUGCUGCUUCUCACGGGAAUGCCGCCAACCACCCUGUUCGAGCCACCGUACGCCACCAUCCGUCCCGCAAGUUUUCUUGGGGAGGAUUCAAAGUGGCAGAACUUUUUUGGCCCCACUCCAUUGCAUCCAACGACCCUGCGUCCGCUUUGGAGCUCGAUUUUUCCCUCUGGUAAUUGGUUGUUGUUUACAUGUGGCAUUCUUAACAGCAUUUAUUGCAUUGCCGAUAACACCGACGGACGUCUCGCACGCCGACUGAAGAAGUCAAGUUGUAUUGGUGAAUAUCUCGACCAUGGUCUUGAUUGUGUUACCUCGCUGCUUUCAACAUGUGUUGCCUUGUCCGUUUUUGGUAUAUCAUUUUCGAACAUUUCACUUGCUGUUGUGACAGUCGCGAUGGCCACAGUUUUCUCGCACACAUUAAAUUACGAGAAACACAUUUUUAUUUGGGGUAAUAGAUUUGUUUCCGUUGAUGAAGCAAUGAUUUUUUUUUGUGUUGUACAUUGGAUUCCACUUUUGUUUCCAGGACUUGCCUCUGCAAAGGUAUCCCCAGCUCUUUUGUAUGCCGUGUUACCAGAAACGUGGGCACAUGCACUGCUGCCUCUCCGUUACGUUGAGGCCAUUAUGGUUAUUUAUUGGGCUUCUCAGGUGUAUGUCAUUCUGGACAUAGCCCUCAAAAACUGGAAGAUGCUCUUUCGAAUUACGACGUUGGCGCUGCUGUUGAACACUGUCCUGAUGCUUGGCGUCAUACCUUACCAAACGGCACAGUUAGUGAAGGUGGAUCCUGCCGGAUAUGUUUGGGGUCCAUUUUCAUACGUGGCUAUUUGGUUCAUCACGGUCUCGUGCACCUCCAGUACGGUUGUUCACAUUCUUAUUUAUUCUCACUGUGCUCGGUUGCCUCGAGUCGAUCCAACGGCACUGGCGGGUCUUUUUUUUGUUUGGUUUGCCUUUAUCAAUUGCCCUGCUGCUGGUAUGAUGAUAUCUGUAGUGUGGCACAUUGCACAAAUUCUCUGCUACGUGGAUGGCCUUCAAAACCGUCAUCUCGAGGGGUCGCAAAAGAUGAAGGUGGUAUAG